CUAACCCUCUUCAAACUCGCCAUCUCGGCAUCCGAUCCCUGGCCCUUCUCUCUCUCCCUCUUCUAGCACAGAUCCCUCGGAAAAACCCUAAUUUCUCCUCAUCUAAUUCUGUACAGCAAUUUUACAUCCGGUCGAUUUUCAUAUGCACAUGCCGCACAUUCACUUCCACCACGGCGGCGGCGCUGCGCGGCGGAGUAUUCCGAAGGGAUGCCUGGCGGUGAUGGUGGGGCAGGGGGCGGAACAGCAGCGGUUUGUGAUUCCGGUGAUGUACGUGAACCACCCGCUCUUCACGCAGUUGCUCAAGGCGUCGGAGGAGGAAUACGGCUUCGAUCAGAAAGGUCCGAUAAAUAUUCCGUGUCACGUCGAGGAAUUCUGUCACGUCCGCGGCCUGAUUGACAAGGAGACGGCGGAGCACGGCGGUCACCACCACCAUCUCAACCACCACCACCACCACCACCACCAGUUUUUGUGCUUCAAGGCUUGAUGUUUUUCACGCGUUUGUUGAAAAAUGGCGGUUGGCGUUAUUUGUUAGGUGGGAGUUGAAUAUAAUCAAGAUUGGUUUGGGUGGUUACAAUUACUAGAAGCCUACAAAAAUAUCAUUUUAGCUCAAAAGCAUACCACUUAUUAUUAGUGUAUAGAUAAAUCUUUUGUAUUAAUUACUUCAGAAC